AAUCUUCAUCGAUUGAAAUUAGUCUGAAAUUGUUUACUUCCUUUUUCGCUAUCAACCGUAUUUGCGAAGUGUAUUACAUAAUGUUUUAAUUAAACUUUCCGAGCUAGAAAUUUAAAUUCUAUAGUGAAAAUGAGUGUAGUUAAAAAUGCUAAUGUAUUGAAUUCAGGUUCGAAAAAGAAAAGCAGCGGUAUUUUGCGUCAAACGAAAUCUCGGAAAGAUCCAUCUGCAGACGCAGAUACUGUGACAGAAGAGGAAUUGCUGCAAAAAGAUGUUGUGACACCUGAUGAUGUACUAAGGUUAAAUAAAGUUACCGAAAAUUAUCUAUGUUCACCUGAGGCUAAUGUAUUCGAUAUCGAUUUUAUCCGUUUCAAGAUCAGAGAUAUGGAAACUGGAACUAUACUUUUUGAAAUAGCUAAACCACCUCCACCUGCAGAAGAUGAUGACUCUGAUGAUCGUGAUCCUGAUCAGGAAGAUUCAGAUCCUAAUGCUGGUCGCUUUGUCAGAUACCAAUUCACUCCCCAAUUCUUGAAGCUUAAAACUGUAGGAGCUACGGUUGAAUUCACUGUUGGUGAAAAGGCGGUAAACAAAUUCCGAAUGAUAGAACGUCAUUAUUUUCGUGAAAAGUUGCUGAAGACCUUUGACUUUGAAUUUGGUUUCUGCAUUCCCAACAGUAAAAAUACUUGUGAACAUAUUUAUGAAUUCCCUGUAUUAGACACCGAUACUUGUGCUGAAAUGAUUGCACACCCCUUUGAUACGAGAUCAGACAGCUUUUAUUUUGUGGAUGAUAGGCUAAUAAUGCACAAUAAAGCCGAUUAUGCCUACAACGGUGGACUGCAGCAAUGAGAGAACACAUUUGGGCCUAUUAUUGCACACGGCACACCUCGAGGAGAGAGCAUCACAUGCAGCACUACGGGCAUCUGCCCGAACCAGUGGUUGAAUAAGAGUGUCAGAAAUAUUUGCCUUUCUUUCUAUUUAUAAAACAUACUAGUUUUAGAGUACACAAUUUUUGGUUUUCAUGGUAGCAAACUAAUUGAAAAAUGCUAUCUAUUUUAUACUUAUGUUGUUUUCAGGUUAAAUUGAAAAACUGCAAGAAACACAAUCUAAUUGUAGAAGUCAUUGUGGAUAUGUAAGGGACAAACUUGGAAUGUUCGUGUUGUGUUGCCGUAGUAACAAGAUGUGAAACAGGUGUAUCAAAUAUUCAUAGUUUGGUGAAACUGAGAUUUUUUUGUACUUAGGCAACUAACUUGAUUUAAAAAAUAAGAUUGUGUGUGGAAAAUACAUUUUUUUUUAACUUAUUGCUUAGACAGACAUGGAUUUUUAACUCGUGAAUUAACAUUUGACAAACAUUAAAUUAGACUUGAGCAUAUAACUACAGUGGCUAGAAAAAACAGUGCAUUUUUCAAAUCUUGUUCAUAAAAAACGGACAAUUUUCUCUAUCUCAAUGUCAAUCCUCUUUCAUUUGGUGUGAACAGUUUAUAUUAAAAAUUUGAAGCUAAAAACUUAUUAUAAUUUUUUUUUCUUGGCAUUACGAUUAUUAAAAUUAUUUCUGUUGCCUAAUUGAUUUAAUUGUAUAAUUUUAUUUUAUUUUUUAUGUUAGUGAAAUCUACAUUUUUUUAUGAUUCUUAUAAAAGCCAAUGCUAUUUUUAUUCAAAUUCUUUUCAUUUUUUAUAUUAUAUUCCUUUUUUACAAGAGUAUAAACUGCCUUGUGCGGUUUUUAUUAAUUGUGUAGGAAAAUUUUAGUCCAAAAAAAUAUAAAAUGCAGUGCAACUUUAAAAUUCUUAUGUUUUAAACUUGUUGUUAAAAAAGUAAUAAGCAUCUUUUUAUUAUUGAAAACAUAUUAUACUUCUUGAAUAAGUGUAAUUUGAUUUUGGUGAACUUAUAUUUUAUGUCUAUCUACAAUGCUAAUUCAACUAUUGUACUUACUCUGAGUCCAAUUAUUUAAGAAAAAAGGCAAAGAUGUCUUUUAAUUCUAAAUUUGUUCUACUUUAAAUUUGCCUUAGUCUGAAAAAAAAAAUUAUGCUACAGUCUGAUGGUAAGUCUUAGGAAAAUGAGUGUUGGUGAUUUUAAUUAAGACUAUUUUUAGAUGUUUGGAAUAAACCUACUAUUUAUCAAUUAAUGUUCUAUAACAAUUAUUUUGUUACCUUGAACCUUGUGAACAAAAAAGCGCUAUUUACUCUAGCCACUGUUGUCAGAAAUUUUUUUUCUUCAGAAAUUUGAACUGUAUUGAGAAAAUGUUCAAUGUUCUAGCAUAUCACUCUAUUUAUUUAUGGAAAAAAAAAAGAAUUUAAAUGAUGGUAUUUUGAAAAGGCAACAUAAUUGACAGUUAUGCUGUGCACAAAAUAUCUUGAUUUAACCACUGGUCAUUGCUUUGCAUUAGUUGCCUUUCUUGCGUAAUUGUUUCUUAAUUGUUGUGGUGUUUCCCCAAUAUAUAUUGAACGUUUUAAACUAGUCAUUAUGUAUCUUCUAAAUUAAGAAGGAUGACAACUGGCUUU